CAUUUUUUUUACAUAUAUAAAAAAAUGCACUUUAUAUGCAGAGGCAACUAAAAGUAAUCCAUUUGUAUUUCUCAGAAAAUUUUAAACUGUGGCACUAGCAAAGCAUUGCUCUGUUUUGUUUAAGCAUCCAGUCCCGACCAGCCCAAGUUAGCAACAAUGACUGCACAAAAUGGUGUUGAGUUUGGGGCAGGACUAUCUGUUUGCCUGACCAAUAGAAGAUAUGGGGAGUGUUUGGGAAAUUUAUUUGAAAACAGUAAUUAUUUUCUCAGUGUCCUUUAGGGACAAUAGAUGCACAUAAAUUAUACACUUCACAAAAAUAUAUAGUACUCAUAUGCAUUGUGAAAAGACAAAUGACAUUCUGAGAUGUUAUGUGACAAGUUUUACUCUUGGUCUUGACUCGUUGCAUUAUAUGUAUUCAUUAAUUUCCAUUGGUGAGCUGAAGUGUGCAGUUUCUGCGCCGCUAGCAUUAGCAAACUGCAACUAGUGUCAAAGUGGUUACACAUUUAUUGGGAAUCAACUUGCUUAUGGUUGUCUCUGCAUAUUAAACUGGGAUAGGAAAAGGAAUUUUAACAUUAAAAAAUACAAAUCACCUUUAACUAUUGCUGAUGAACUGAAAUCAUAGCUUUGUACUUGCUGGCUUGUGUUUGUGUGUACAAAGGUAUGUGCCUGAUGCUGUUUGGAGGUACACAGGCAAAUGUGCAAUAGCUAAUGUUGCCUGAAUCCAGCUGGGUUGGGCAGAUCUAAUAGACAGACCAUAACACUAUGACAUCAUCAAGAGAGGGGGGAGCAGGGCUGAGAUAGAAAGAGAGAGAGAAUGAAGAAGCGAGGGAGGGAUUAAACAAGCCACACUAAGGGACAGAGCAAGCUGUCAGAUAACAGAAAGAGAGCGAGGGAGAGAGAGGACGAGUGUAUGUGUGCAAGAGGACGCAGGGCAAGACUCACUCCACAGACAGUAGAUUCACCUCCCAGUGGAUUCUUGUGGAUUUCUCCAUUGUUUCCACUGCAUCUUUCCUUUUCCCCUUUCCCCUUUCCCUAGACAUUCCCCCUUCCCCUUCCUCACCCCCACUACUCUCUACUCUGGAUUGCUCCUCAGGGCAUGCUACUUAAGCCAAAGUAUGGCCGCUUCCGGAACGACUCUGUGACCUCCUCUGACGACCUGAUGCAGAGCCUAGCCAUGAGCGAGAAGGUGGUGGCCACGCCAGUGGCCUCCUCAUCCACACCUGGCUUAUCGCUGCCGCCCCUGGAGACCGCUUCCCUUCCUCAGCCCUCAGACCAGGUGCUGGCUGACUCGCCCGGGCUGGAUGGCGAGCAGGACAACACCACCACCUUCUGCAUGCUAAUCCCCAAGAUGCCCCACUGGAAGUUCUCCAACUCACUGCUAAGCCGAAGCCCCUCCAAUAGUAGCUCCAGCUCUGGUUCCAGCAAGGACUCUGGCAGGGUGACUGCAUCCGAGAGUACUGUACCCGCUUCUGGGGGUGCAAUUGCUGCCAGCGGUCCUGUGGCUAGUCUUGCAGCUGUGUUCAACUCCUGUGACCAUGUUUGUGUGGGCCCUUGUUCCCUACAGGCUGUCAGGCGGCAGAGGGCCACCGGGCGAUCACCCAGUCCCAGAGAGUCCAGUGCAGGGGCCAUCGAGAGGAGUCCAGGGGGCUCUGGGAGCUUCAGGACAGGGAUGAACCGGAGGACCAGGGUGGAGGGUAUAUGGCUGGGAGAAAACUUCACCCAGAAAGGCAGCUUCAUCAAUAAGCCAUCCCAGGGGUGGUUGCACCCAGACAAGAAGAUCAGCAGCAUGGGUGCUUCCUAUAUCGUCAGGUAUAUGGGUUGCAUUGAGGUUCUGAAAUCCAUGCGAUCUUUGGACUUCAGCACUAGAACACAGGUCACAAGGGAGGCCAUCAACAGGCUGUGUGAAGCCGUACCAGGAGGAAAAGUUGCCUGGAAGAGGAAAGCUGCCAACAAAACCCUCCAGUCCAUCAUGGGGAAGAGUAACCUGCAAUUUGCUGGAAUGAGCAUCGGCGUCAACAUCUCCAUUGAUGGCUUGAGUUUGCUUGUCCCGACCACACGACAGGUGAUUGCUCACCACCCCAUGCAGUCCAUCUCUUUCGCGUCUGGUGGAGAUUCGGAUACGCCUGAUUACGUUGCUUAUGUAGCCAAAGACCCUGUCAAUCAAAGAGCAUGCCAUAUCCUGGAGUGCUCUGAUGGUCUUGCCCAAAAUGUGAUCAGUACCAUCGGCCAGGCCUUUGAACUGCAGUUUAAACAGUUCCUACACAGCCCACCCAAAGCCAUUCCUACUAUGGACAGGAAUAUACGAACAGAGGAAUCAGCGUGGGGUGAUGACGAGGAAUCGUCAGAGCACAAUUACUACAAUAGCAUCCCAGGCAAGGAGCCGCCAGUGGGGGGAGUGGUGGACUCCAGGCUCAGGCCUCCUGCGGGCCUACUGGGCCACGUCCAUACACAACCACAGAACAAAUCCGCACAGAUGGGGUCACCGGGCAAAAGAGAUACAAGCAGCCUUCCUGCCACCCACUUGUGUUAUGAAGUUCACUGGAAUACAGAGAACAACAGUAGCUCAAGUUUGACGUCAGAAGAUGGUUACUUGCGAGCAGAUGGUCAUCCUCCUGGCUGCCGAGAUUAUGAAGAACACCUGUACGUAAACACUCAGAAUCUGGACAUGUUAGAGGCCUCUGCAUUUGCCCGAGGAGGAAGAAGAUCCGAGAGCCCCAAGAAAGAUAUCUUUGAUAUGAGGCCGUUUGAGGAUGCCUUGCGUCUACACGAGGCAAGUGGAGUUUGUGUAUUGGAGGACAAGUGGCCGAGCCCCCCAAGGAGGCAAGCCCCUGUGGCUCCCACAGAGGACCAGCUCCGAUGCGAGAUGUGGUACCACGGCCGCAUGAGCCGCAGGGAUGCUGAGAAUCUACUGGGCCGAGAUGGAGAUUUCCUGGUGCGGGACAGUGCUACUAACCUGGGUCAGUAUGUGCUGACAGGGAUGCAGUGUGGACUUCCCAAACAUCUGCUGCUGGUGGAUCCAGAGGGAGUGGUUCGGACUAAAGACAUGCUUUUUGAGAGCAUCAGUCACCUGAUCAACUACCACCUGACCAACAAGCUGCCAAUUGUUGCGGAAGAGAGUGAGUUACACCUCCAACAAGUGGUAUGCAGAAAGCAUUGACCCCCACUUAAAGCCCAUACACACGAAAGCAAGGCCGUCCCCUGUGCCACCAAUCUAGAAGCUCACACUAUUGCCUUAAACACAGAUUUGAGCUUCCUCUGGAACUAGAAUAUUGCUGCUCCUUAGGCACUGACCACAAACUACAGCUUUCAGCAUGCCUUGCUCAAUUGACAUCUUCUUCAAACAACUGAGAAGACUCCCACACCCCAACUGAGAGCUGCACGUUGGGAUAAAAAGUACUUCUAAACCUUUCCCUUGUGCAAACCGGACCCUGCUAUUCUCAGCAGACUGCUCUUGGAUCAAAAAUAUGAACUUUCGAGACACACAUAAACAAAUCACCAUGUUCCCUUCCGCUCCUCUACAUCCGUGUGAACGUUCGUCUUGACUGGGCUGUCGUUUCUAAAUGCGAUGUAUUCAGCAACUGUGGCUGUGAUCUUCUUUGAUUAUGCCUCUUUGGAAAUCUGGACAUCAGUAUUUGUUGUGCUUACAAAUGUGGUCAUCUGUUUGUUCUCAGGAUGCAGUAUUUGAAAAGGACAUUAUAAACUCAUGGGCUCCCUUGCUUAAACUCAGUCUAAUGCAGUUGUAUCGAAUUCACAUUUCAGAAUUUAAUUUAUAAACUCUCAGGACCAAAUGUUGGGUCAUGCUCAUGUGAUGUUACCCCUUUUUUGUAAAUAUAGUGAUUAUUGUGAUCCAGAUAUGCAUUAUGCUUCAUAAUAUAGGAGACAUCCAAAUAUCUGGACAUAUUCAAUAUCUCAGUUGUGGUUAAUCACAUAAACAAAUGCCCACAGUAUAAUUUAAGGUGUAAUAAAGCAUCAAAGUGAAGUCAGGGAAGAUCGAUACCUUAUUUUUUUAUGCUUUUUUUUGCGCAAAGCAUUUUGUGUACAUGACAUAUGUUUUUACCAUAAUUGCCAUAAGAACACUCAAUUUCUUUAAUGAGUCAUGGCGCCAUCAUGUGGUGUGUACUUUUGACCAUGCCGUAUAAAUUGAUUGGAACACUACGAAUUCAUCUGUAACCAGGCACAUCAGGAAUGUUCAGUUUUGUUUCCUUAUAUUGUUUCCUUAUUCCUUAUCAGGUGUAAUUACCUGAUCUUCCAAGUAUCAGGUAAUGGAAUGUCUUCGUGUUUGGAGAUCGGCAAUAUCAACCUGGAAUAUCCUACAUCCGACUUUGAAUGGAACGCAGCAUAAACUCUGAAGGAUACUUGCCUUCCAAGAGCAGGGUUGAGAACCCAUAAGGAACAAAUACCCACAGUUUAAUUUAAGGUGUACCAGUAAUAUAGCAUCAAAGCUACUAAAAACGAAUAGUUCACCCAACAAUGGCAAGUUUGACGCAUGACUUUCUUCCAUAAAACACGGAAAGGUAGCUCUUUUCCAUAUAAAGAAAGUAUACAAUGAUAAUUCUCCUAUGGUGGAUUGUGCAAGGUUUGAUGUCAAUUUCCACUUUUCUACUAUCAACCAGUGCAAGACAGGGCUAUCAACUGGUCAGCCGGGGCCAAUAGCCUCAGAUCUAAUAGCAUUCCCACCAUUGGGCCAAUAGCCCAGCAGCAUUUCCCUAAAACCCAAUUAGGUAUAGCUGCAGGCCGGAGACCUCUAAAUGGGGGAUCUCCUAAAGAGUGCAGGGUUACUCCAGAAGGGGAUUGCGCCAACUCUAAAAGGAGUUAGGGUUAGGGAAAGGGUUAGAUUAGGGGCUUUUGCUGGCAGAUUGGAGCUCAAUCAGAAGUUUACAUACACCAUAGCCAAAAACAUUCAAACUCAGUUUUUCACCAUUCCUGACAUUUAAUCGUAGAAAACAUUCCCUGUCUGUUUAGUUAGGUCAGUUAGGAUCACUACUUUUUUUUUUAAGAAUGUGAAAUGUCAGAAUAAUAGUAGAGAGAAUUAUUUAUUUCAGCUUUUAUUACUUUUAUCACAUUCCCAGUAGGUAAGAAGUUUACAUACAGUUUUAGUGUUUAUAUUUGGUAUUUUUACUGUUAGUAUUUGGUAGCAUUAACUUUAAAUUGUUUAACUUAGGUCAAACGUUUUAGGUAGCCAUCCACAAGCUUCUCACAAUAAGACAGAACUGGUGUAACUGAGUCAGGUUUAUAGGCCUCCUUGCUCACACACGUUUUGCCCACAAAUUUUCUAUUGGAUAACAAUACCUUGACUUUGUUGUCCUAAAGCCAUUUUGCCACAACUUUGGAGGUAUGCUUGGGGUCAUUGUCCAAUUGGAAGACCCAUUUGCGACCAAGCUUUAACUUCCUGGCUGAUGUCUCGAGAUGUUGCUUCAAUAUAUCCACAUAAUUUUCCUUCCUCAUGAUGCCAUCUAUUUUGUGUAGUGCACCAGUCCUUCAUGCAGCAACGCACCCCCACUACAUGAUCCUGCCACCCCCAUGCUUCACGGUUGGGAUGGUGAUCUUCGGCUUGCAAGCCUCUCCCUUUUUCCUGCAAAUAUAGCAAUGGUUAUUAUGGCAAAACAGUAAAAAAAACAAAUCAUCAGACCAGAGGAAAUUUCUCCAAAAAGUAAGAUCUUUGUACCCAUGUACACUUGCAAACUGUAGUCUGGCUUUUUAUGGUGGUUUUGGAGCAGUGGCUUCUUCCUUGCUGAGCAGCCUUUCAGGUUAUGCUGAUACAGGACUCGUUUAACUGUGGAUAUGGAUACUUGUCUACCUGUUACCUCCAGCAUCUUCGCAAGGUCAUUUGCUGUAGUUCUGGGAUUAAGUUGCACUUUUUGCACCAAACUAUGUUAAUCUCUAGGAGACAGAAUGCAUCUCUUUCCUAAGCGGUAUGAUUGCUGUGUGGUCCCAUGGUGUUUAUACUUGCGUACUAUUGUUUGUACAGAUGAAUGUGGUACCUUCAGGCAUUUGGAACUUGCUCCCAAGGAUGAACCAGACUUGUGGAGGUCCAAAAUGUAUUUAUUUUUUUAAGGUCUUGACUGAUUUCUUUUGAUUAUCCCAUGUCAAGCAAAGAGUUUGGAGGUAGGCUUUAAAAUACAUUCACAGGUACACCUUCAGUUCAUUACACCUCCUAUCAGAAGCUAAUUGUCAAAAGGAUUAACAUAAUUUUCUGACUUCAAUACACAGCCUUGGUGCCAAUGUUACACACCCUGCCACUUUCACAAGCAAGAGAGAAGCUCAAGUUGAGGUAUCAGACUCUGGAGACUAGCUAGCCCUCAAAAUUAUACCGAUUUGUACUGUGCCUGCAAUUGUUUUAAUUUUUCCCGAACCUGUAUCAUUGGUGCUGGAUAAACAACUUUAGUGACAAUACACUUCAAUGAUCUGACGUUGGACAUUUUCAUCAGCCGAAAUAUUAAAAAGUAAUGACGAUUCUCGAUUUGAUCUGUUGAGGUAAGCUGGUAGCUAGAUUUAAAAAAUUGGGAAAUGAGUAUCUAGAUGCUGAAAUCUCUGACCUGACUCAAUGAAACUCUGCCUUUGACACUGACCGCGCCUCAAUACACAGUUACCCUUCUUUGGCUAAAAGUAAAUCAGUAUGCCGAAGGCCAUUGCCCCAAAGGAAGCCCCGGGGAGACACGAUUAAGCCCCUGAAGUGCUCAACACAUUCUCUAAUAUAUACACAUUUUUGGUAACCAUGGAAUUGGUUCAUAGGUGUCACUAAUAAUUACGUAAAUUUCAGUCUAUCACAAAAAGCUGUUGAGUGGCUUCAGAAGAAUAUAGUGCACGAGUUGUAUGAAGAGUCGUAUGAAGGGAGACAGUCAUACUUGUUUGGAAUGAGAGUGAGUAAAUGACAAUUUUUUGAUUUUUGAUGUAUUUCCAUUCUUUUACUGUAACAAAAACUAGACGUUAAUUGAGUGUGUAUAAUUGUGCAAGUUGUUUUUUUGUAUACCUGUAAUUAUUUUCUAAUGUUCAAUGUUCAUCUGAAUGAAAGCUGCUUCCUGGUCAAAUGUAUUCAUCAUACAAGACUAAAACUGCCUCUGUAGAUGUCCAAAUAUUCUGGUUGCCUAAAAUGAAGACUUUGGCUCAAUACAGUGUUUAAAGAACAAACAAGUUUAAAAUCUUUCACACAUCUUCCCUAUUAUCCAGAAGAAGAUUCCAGUGCCUUAAAAGUAUUUAUUUUUUUUUUUUCAUUUAUUUUUUUAAAAGUGCCUGCAAGGCAGUGCUGUAUUCUUAAAUCAUUAAAUUUUUCUUCACCACAAUUUUCAGCAAUUCAUUCGACUUUAAUAUCUUAUACAGACUCCAUUCAUACUUAUUUUUUUUUAAUAAUUUCAGCAUUACCAGUCAAUUUCUCCAAUGAGUUUUUGCAUUAUUUUUCAAUUCUUGUUCUAUGUAAACAUAAUAUGUGACUGUUUUUUAGCAUCUCGCACUAGAGUGCCACAUUUUUUUUAGACUUUGCAGCCUAUUUUUUAAAUGCAUGCAGUAUUGGCAUACCGAAUUCUUAAGAAUUGCAUUUUUAAGUAUACUAAAUUGUGAUUGGUCUUCUCUUUCUUGCGUUUAUUUAACAAUCUUUGCUCUGCAAAACUAGUGUGGUAUUUCAUGGAGCCUUUAUUUCGCAA